GCGUACAGCCUGCUGAGAGGAGGAGCACAGGACAACGAGAGCGAUCCCAUCGACAUCAACUACGAGAAACUCAAAACCAAGAUUGAGGUUGUUGACAAGACUACUCGUGAGGCUGAGAUCAUUAUUCAAUAUGUUAAGAACACUCACGCUGCUACACACAACACUUACACACUGGAAGUGCAAGAGAUCUUUAAAAUUGUCAGAGAGGGAGAGCAUCAGCGCUAUCGUCCGUUCGAGGAGCUACACAAUCGCCAACUGCUGUGGCACGGCUCCCGCACCACAAACUACGCCGGUAUCUUGUCUCAGGGUCUGCGUAUUGCCCCUCCAGAGGCGCCAGUGACUGGUUACAUGUUUGGAAAAGGUGUGUACUUUGCCGACAUGGUGUCCAAGAGUGCAAACUACUGUCACACCUCUCAGUCAGAUCCUGUUGGCCUCUUACUGCUGGCUGAGGUUGCUCUCGGCAACAUGCAUGAAUUGAAGAAAGCCUCCCACAUCACAAAAUUACCCAAGGGCAAGCACAGUGUUAAAGGUGUGGGUAGGACUGCUCCUGAUCCCAGUGCCUCAGUCACUUUAGAUGGGGUGCAAGUGCCAAUUGGAAAAGGAGCCCACACUAACAUUGAUGACACCAGUCUACUGUACAACGAAUACAUUGUGUAUGAUGUAGCGCAGAUAAACAUGAAGUAUCUCCUGAAGAUCAAGUUUAACUACCAGACGUCCCUGUGGUGAGAGGGCCAUUACUAAUCCUUCACCACGGAAAUCGAAGACCAGAGUUGCCUCCAAAACGCCUGGGCUUCAUUCUCUGCAAAACAAGAUGUUUGGCAAAGGAGCGACGCUUCACCACGUGUCACAGUGGUCAUUGGAAAUCUCUAGUCACUUUAUUGCUUUUUCAUCAGGUUAACUAGCUGGCAGCCUUUCUUAGUAACACAUUAGGUACCUAAAUACCUAUUUCAGAGAUGCUCAUAAAACAGUUCUGUGGUGGUGAAAGCAUGGUGCAUACCACAUAGAGUUGGGUUUAGUAAUAAACAUCAGUAAAAGUUAGUAGUUUUCUGUCUGACGUGGUAAUCUUCAUUCUAUAUUAAACUUGUAGUUAAUAAGGCAUAGCACCACAUCUUGCAAGGGGUUUCUCAGUGAAAUAGCUGCUUAUAUGAACAUUUUGUAGUCUUGUGUUUCAAAGAUACUGUACAAGGUUUGACAUGUAUAUAUUUGUUUUGUUUGUCAAAAAACUGUCUUCCUUGCCGAUAACGGAAAAGAUAGCAAUGUGGUUGUGUUUAUGCAAAGUAUUCUGGAAAAGAAAACAACUGCCAUGCUCUGUGGCACACUUUUUCUUAGUGCUUUUCUCGCUUACCUGAAAAUAAAACAAAACAUUGAAAGUUCUAAAA